AUCGCUGACAACAAAUCUCUCAGUCAUCGAAGAACUAAAUCAUCUGCUCUUUCUUUGCUGCGACGAAAGGAAGGAAAGGAUGAGGAGGAGACUUGUGAAGAGAGCCCCCAAAAGUUGACAUUAUCAGCAGUCCAGACGCCUGUCACCAUGCCUGAAUCCGCUAUUCGAAUUCAAAGUCAUAAGCCCUUAAACGGCGUCAGUAGUCCUCCGCCAACUAUCAACCCCUCACUUUUACAUCAAAAAGCUAUGGCUCAAACAUCGCUACCGCAUGAUAAGGUUAUCUCGCUUGAGCAAACAGUUAAGAAAUUCCGCAUUUUUGAAGCUCUACGCAGCGGCGAUACGGCUGCAAUCUCCAAGGCAAUUAGAGAGGUUGGUGAGAUUCAACAAAGUACACCAAUUACAGCUAGCCCAGUCCUUACGUCGGUGCUAGAAGACACAACUAUUCUACAUUUAGCUAUCCAGUGUGCUGAACUGCCUGUCAUAGAAUAUAUAUUGUCUGAUGGAGCUGGAGUUAUAGAUGUAAAUGCACAAGACAAAGAUGGAAAUACACCGCUCCAUAUUGCCGCAUCACAGGCGAGAGGUCCGAUUGUGCGACUGUUACUGGAGCAGCCUGAUAUAAAUGACUCUAUCGCAAACUAUCAAGGUAAACUUCCUCUCGAUCUAGCACGGACUCCCAACAUAUUCCAACAACUUCAACUUUCAAGGUCUUUGUUUGUAGAGGGCAAAAUUCGCCGUGUACAAGAAUUAGUACGACAGGGUGACCUUAAGACAUUAAGCAGUGUCCUGGAAGAACCUAGAGUUCGAAUGUUAUUAAAUAUUAACGGGGGGGAAUUCGCAUCUGAUGUCCAUACGGUUGAAUCAGGUGGUACAUUGCUACAUGAGGCAGCACGCAAGAAAGAUACUGCUCUUAUCGAAGUACUUUUUCAACAUGGGGCAGACCCAUUCCGUCGUGAUCGAAAAGGGAGGUUGCCACAAGAUGUUACCAAAGACGAUGUCACUCGAGCUAUACUCAAAAGAUCUCCGGCUGCGAUAUCAGCUCAAAGAGGAAUACAAGAAAAGGCAGUUCUUGGCAGCGCAUCUCAGCAAGGUGCAAUUAACAUAUCCCCUAUCGAAAUAGUAGCUGGUAAAGAAGGGCGAGAGAUGAAAGGCUACCUGAAAAAGUGGACAAAUUACCGAAAAGGAUAUCAAUUGCGCUGGUUUGUGCUUGAAGAUGGGGUCCUAAGCUACUACAAGAAUCAAGAUGAUACUGAGUCUGCUUGCCGAGGUGCAAUAAAUAUGAAGAUUGCUAAAUUACACAUGGAUCCUACUGAGAAGACAAAAUUUGAUAUUCUCGGCAAGUCAUCAGUAAAGUAUAACCUUCGAGCAAAUCAUGAGGUCGAAGCAAAGAGAUGGUUCUGGGCGUUGAAUAACUCGAUUCAGUGGAUGAAAGAUCAAGCAAAAGAAGACGAUCGGAUGAGACAGAAGAAUACCGAGCUGCUCAAGACUGCUAAAUUAGACCACUCGGGAUCUAAUUCGAUCAGAGAAUUCCAUGUCGAUUUAGCAUGUGAGACUGCUAGCAUAAUGGAUAUACGACGUGGAAGUAUUCAGGGCAACCUCUUGAUUCCUAACAAUUCUAUGGGCACAAGGAUUUCAAUGAUCAGCGGAAAUACGACACACGAAGAUGAAACUCCUGCAUCUGUUUCAUAUGAACAAAGCUUUGUCAGCGAUGGUGCGAGAGUAUCCGAAAACCUUGACGCUUCGCGUGUAGGUAACGUCGACGAUGAUGAUGAUGAUGACGACGCCUACAGCGAUCGAGAAAUUUCCAACUCGAAGGAUGCGUUUGACAUCACAGCACAAUCUGCAAAGUUACAGCUCGAAGUGAUGAGUCAGGUCAACAAAGCCCUACAGGCUGAGCAACUUAAGACACCAUCUCUCACAGUCUCGAGUCCUCUUGUCCUAUCUGCUGCUCAAACCCUUGAUUCAUCAAUUCAGAACCUUGAAGUACUUAUAAGAGACUUAUCAAAAAUAUCAAAAGACCAGAACAAUUACUGGCAAUAUCGAGUUGAUCGUGAGUCUGAGAUGAGACGUAUGUGGGAAGAGAACAUGGCGACUAUCGCCCACGAGCAAGAAGUACUAGAGGCUAGGUAUGGCGAGGCCGAGGAAAAACGGAAGCUGACUAAGCGAGCUCUACGUGAGGUCAUGGAAGUUAGUUCUUCCUCAGAGGUCACCGGAAAAACUCACCAAAGUCCCGAACCAUCAAAGACCUUGAAGCAAGUACUAUCCAGUGACGAAAUAAAAGCAUUCAAGCGCAGUGAUACAUCAAAGAGCUUGUCACGAACAAAGUCAAUACUGGCAGAAGUCGCGGCAUUAUCCGAUCCCGAAUCUGACGAAGAAUUUUUUGAUGCAGUAGAUGCCGGCGAGGUUGAAGUGGCACCCAAAUUAAUGCCACCUCCAAGCCCAGGUGUUCUUGAUACUGACAAGAAGGUAAUAUUACCCGCUAUCAAUCAUGGUAUUGAUAUCUCGCCUUCGUUCAAAGGUUAUCAAGAUGGUAUUAGAAAAAAGCUUAAGAUGGAAACGGACAAUCGACCAAAAAUCUCUUUAUGGGGCAUCCUCAAAUCCAUGAUCGGAAAAGAUAUGACAAAAAUGACACUGCCCGUUUCUUUCAACGAGCCAACAUCUUUAUUACAACGAUGCGCGGAAGAUAUGGAGUAUUCAGACCUUCUUGAUGUCGCUGCAGACAGAAGCGAUGCGACAGAGCGUAUGGUUUACGUUGCAGCGUUUGCUGCCAGUGAAUAUGCAUCAACCGUAGGACGUGUUGCUAAGCCUUUUAAUCCUCUUCUCGGGGAGACUUUUGAGUAUGUUAGACCGGAUAAGAACUACCGAUUCUUCAUAGAGCAAGUCAGUCAUCAUCCACCCAUAGGUGCUGCAUGGGCUGAGUCGCCUCGUUGGGUCUACUGGGGCGAAUCAGCUGUCAAAUCCAAGUUUUACGGUAAAUCCUUUGAUAUCAAUCCACUUGGAACCUGGUUCUUGAGUCUCAGGAUAAACGGUGGUAAAGAAGAGCUUUAUACAUGGAAAAAAGUGACCACAUCAGUGAUUGGCAUUAUUACCGGAUCGCCGAUGGUAGAAAACUACGGUCCCAUGGAAGUCAAGAACUGGAAUACUGGCGAGACAUGCAUGAUUGAUUUUAAGAGCCGUGGGUGGAAAGUAUCGAGUGCCUACCAUCUGAGUGGUAGAGUAAAUGAUGCAAAUGGUCAAACUCGGUAUAGUAUCGGUGGUCGUUGGAACAAUAAAAUAUAUGCUCGGCUCACACCCGGGUACGAAGCAACGGUCGAGGAGCCAGAAAGUACUACAUCUGAUCCCAAUCAAGCGUUCCUUGUGUGGGAAGCCAAUCCCCGUCCUAUGAAUAUCCCGUUCAACCUCACUCCUUUUGUUGUUACCCUAAAUGAUGAUAACCCUAAAUUACUUUCUUGGCUACCACCAACUGAUUCAAGACUUCGACCUGAUCAACGCGCAAUGGAAGAUGGUCGUUAUGACGAUGCUGCUGCGGAGAAAACCCGCGUUGAAGAAAGACAAAGAGCCAAACGACGGGAGCGAGAAGAGAGUGGCGAAGAAUAUUCUCCAAAUUGGUUUUCAAAAGCAACGUGUGCGAUAACAGGCGAAUCCUAUUGGAAAUUUAAUAACAAAUACUGGGAUGAGAGAGAACUGGCACCCGAAGGUAAGGCUUGGACGGGUUGUGAUCGAAUUUUUGGUCUUGACGAAUGA